AUGCAGAUGAUUGGCGUGCUGAUCGGUUCAGCAUUGUUCGGUCAAAUCAGCGACUCAUUCGGUAGACGAAAGGGAAUGUUAGUGACAAUGACAGGAAUGGCUAUAGGAUGGAUAUUUGUGGCAAAAUCGCCUGACCUCCGUCUGUUUACCAUAAGCCGCACUGUUGUCGGAUUUUUCACCGGUGGAAGCAUUUCGGUGCUGAACGUCUUCAUAAUGGAGAACAUUCCCAAAAAACAUCGAAUGUGGAUUAAUAUGGCAAUCACCUUGGUCACCCAACAUGCUGCCCUUGGCGGCUAUGGCAUGGAUGACCGCUGA